UAUCAUAGCAAUUGACACUCGCUCAAGCCUGUACAUCCCUCGCGACGUACAAUCCCAGCUAUCUUCUUGAUCUCCAGCAUGUUGAAAUACGUAGGCGUCCUGCUAACAACGGAGCAACUCUUCAAGAUUGCCUCGAGUAUCUUACAAGAAGACUUCGAGGAAAAAGACAGCGAUGAUUCCUUUCUUCGCGCGUAUGGCACCGUUCAGCGGAUCUUGAACGGAAAUCGUCCGAAAUACUUCAUUCACCCGAUGAGCAUACCUCGCCAUUCAGAGAAGGAUGAGGAUACGCGUUUUCUUAUUGUUUGCCGUUCAUAUGACAACCCUUACGAGACACGCAUGAAUUACGCGAACAUGCCUGCGACGAAAAGGGAUGCUAGGAUUCUUGGAUGGCUGAAAGGGAAUGGGAUGGACUUCCGACAGAUGCUUGAUCAAUGGACGACGAUGCCUGACCCUGCGUACGAUUUGUGAUAUGGUCUGGUAGAGAUGGACAGAACCACUGGUCGUAUUGAUGGUUUCCUUCCUGUAAAUCACCGAAACUCGCAUUUGCUAGCAUUUGUGCUUCUUCCUAUACUGAAAUUUCUAUGUAACAAAUCUAACACUGUUC